GACAUUUUAAGUGACAUUAACCUAUUAUUUAUGUUUUAUUUCUUUUCAAAAGGUUUAUAACUACAAAAUUCCUUAUAUAGAUCUAUAUCGAUUCGGUCUCCCCUGAUAUCGAGCGAAAGAUCAAAGAUGGAUUUCAUGAAAGUUAUCGAUCAAACUGUCCGUGAGAUAAAGAGAGAGGUGAAUUUGAAAGUAUUGAAGGUUCCUGAGAUAGAACAGAAGGUAUUAGAUGCAACGGAUGAUGAACCUUGGGGUCCACAUGGUACUGCAUUGGCAGAGAUUGCACAGGCAACUAAAAAAGUUCUCUGAAUGUCAGAUGGUUAUGAAUGUUCUGUGGGCUAGAUUAACUGAAACUGACCGCAAUUGGCGUCAUGUAUACAAGGCAUUAGCUGUGAUAGAGUAUUUGGUGGCAAAUGGGUCUGAGCGGGCAGUUGAUGAUAUCAUAGAACAUACUUUCCAGAUCUCUUCGCUCUCAUGUUUCGAAUAUGUUGAGCCAAACGGGAAGGACAGUGGAAUUAAUGUGAGGAAAAAGGUUGAAACCAUAGUGGCACUGUUGAAUGAUAAAGAUAAGAUACAAGCAGCUAGAAACAAAGCUGCUGCAACCCGUGAUAAGUACGUUGGAUUAUCAUCAACGGGAAUAACAUUUAAGUCAGGGUCAGCAGCCUCCUUUAGCAGCAGUAACUUUCAGAAAAGCGAUAGAUAUGGGGGUUUUGGUAGUUCAAAAGAUGGUGAAACAUUCAAAGAUAGUUUUAAGGAGAGAGAGAAAUCAGGGGAAGAUAGGUUUGAACCAGGUAAAUAUAAACCACGUACCCCGGGGAGUGCCUCUAACUCUAACUCUAAGAAAGGCUCGUCUCGACAUGGAAGCACAAUUCAAGACUCUUCAGCAGCUAGUGGUGCAUCAAAAGCAUCAGUAAAGAGUGCUGCUGAUAAAAAUUCUUCGAUUAGGUUGCAAAGCUUGAGUGCACCUUCUAAUGACAAUGAUGAUGAUUUUGAUGAUUUUGACCCCCGAGGAACAUCAAAUUCAAAGGCGGUUGCUGCAAGCUCUCCACAAGUGGAUUUAUUUGGACAAAGUUUGAUUGGUGACCUUUUAGAUGCCACACAGAAUUCUAAUGGUAAUGGAAAUAGCAAGUCAGAAGAGGUUGAUUUGUUUGCUGAUGCCGCUUUUGUAUCAGCAGGAUCUCAGACUAAAGUUGAUCUUUUUGCCUCUCCUCUACCUGCAAGUUGUGCAGCUAUUCCAGCCAUGGACUUUUUUGCAGCAGCAGCAGCAGUGCAACCCCAAUCCCAACCCGAGAUUAAUAAGCCUUCAGAAUCCUACACAACGACACCAACCAAAAUAGUUGACCCAUUUGCUGCUGUCCCAAUGACCGAUUUUGAUAAUUCAGACUUUUUUGGUUCCUUUUCUUCUCAUACAGAGACAGAUAGCUUAAACAACCAAAAUCUUAAAACUCCUCCUCCUCCUCCUCCUCCUCUUUCCUCAAAGAAAGAUGGCUUUCAAGUCAAAUCUGGAGUUUGGGCUGAUUCUUUGAGCCGUGGUCUAAUUGAUCUCAAUAUAUCUGGACCAGCCAAGAAGGUGGAUCUGACAGAUGUGGGCAUCGUGGGUGGUCUAUCUGCGGGACCCGAGGAGAAGGAGAAGGAAAAGGGGCUCCCAAAUUCUUUAUUCAUGGGUCAAGCCAUGGGUAUGGGAUCUGGGCUUGGUAAAUCCCCCCCCUGCUUUUACAUCAUCAUCAUCAUCCACCGAUAUAGAUGACUUCUUCUCUAGUCUUAGCAGCACUGCCAAUCAAAAUCAUUUUGGUUCUUUCCAAAAGUAAAAAUUCCUUUUCCUCAAUUUUAUGCAAUUGCUUUUAAAAUGUAUCUGAUUAAAUGAGUGUGAAAUCCUUCGGUUCCGUUGGGACAUGUGUGGAUGGAUAUGUUAAAUUGUGUGUACUAAAGGAACUAUGACUUUGUUUCGGUUGGUUUACAAGGAGUCCAUUAUAUCUUGGUACCUUGCACUUUUGCUAAA